AUGGACUCUGCUCCGCGCAUUAAACAGGAACCAAGUAUGGAUUCGCCAUUCAUAGAGAAAAGUAGCAAACUAAUUAGCAGCGUUCCGAUGGAAGCAACAGUGAAAACGGAGCGCCUUCAAUCAUUCCGUGAACCGCGGGAUCUCACUCUUGCCAAUGGUCGCCCAACAAAACCUCCGGUAAACAAAAAAGUUUACACUCCAAAUUUGAACGCAGUGAGAAACAAAAAUACAGACGUGAAAACUGCAUCCACAGGUCCAAAAAGCAGAGUUAAGACUGAUCGCAAUAAAAAUGAUAAAGAUACUAGGAACAAAAAGGCAACGAUGAUUCAAACAUCCGGUAUCUUUUCGGAUGGUUUAGCUCAGCGAAGUCUGAUCCGAGCAUCCAAGUCUGACAAAUCUAGUUCUUCGAAAGAACCAGGAGACUCAAUUAGGAAACCUGUAUUUGCGAAAGCAGACAACAAAAUAAAUGUGGAAGUUGAGCAUAAACUGAUACAAAAUUUGUACAACGAUAAUGAUGAAGAUGUAGCGGAGCUGGACCAAAAAUUGGAAAAUGGAUUAAAAUUUCCAGUAAAGCUCGAAAACUCUGAUUACAAGAUCAAACCACCGGAGGUUAAGGCGGAAAAUAUGGCAGAACCAAAGUUGGAUCCAUUGAACUCGGUUGAAAACGUCCUAUCUGGUGAACAGUCGAACAAGAUCUUCCUUUUACAACUUCCCGAUGCAUUACCCGGAAAAAGCGAUAGCGUUGACAAAGGUGUACCAAAUGGCAGUGAUUGUAAGGUUGAAGCUACGGCAAAUGGCGAAGAUACUCCACAGUAUUGUACGGUUCGUGAUUUGGCAGAAGGUUACAUCGGUAAAAUAAUUAGGUAUCGCUCAGGAAAGGUGAAACUAAAGCUGGGAGAAAUCAUGUUUGACAUCAACCUAGGCAUGGAUACGGGAUUCUUGCAAGAAUUAGUUUCUAUCAACACUAAUCAAGCAGAACGCAAUGGCAACAUAAUUAACAUCAGCACUAUCAACGCAAAGCUGAAUGCAUCCCCGGACUGGGAAUAUUUAUUCAAGAAUUCUACAUGA